ACUUUCUAAGCCCCCCCCCCCCACAAAAAAAAAAAAAUGUAAAAGUAAACAAACCAAAGCUAAACAUCAAAGAAAAACAGUAAGAUUUAAAAGAUUUUUAGUGCAUUUGAAGUUUUGAAGAACAAUUAAAGAAAGAGAGAAACGGAGUGUAAAAAGAUGACCCACCAUUAGAGGCCAUUAGUUCAGCCAAUAGCAACCUAUGGUUCAUCAAAAAUGGCCAAGCAAGUUAACCAACAACUUACGUUUCUAAUAAAGAUUCUGUCUUUGUCUCUCUCUCCUUUCAUAUUUGUCUCUCUUGAAAGUUAAGCUCACUUUUCUCUGCCAAUGGACAAACACCAGCAACAGCAACAGCAACAGCUGUUCUUAGCAAAGAGCACAAGACAGCGUUGUAAUGAAUGGAUUUUUCGAGAUGUUCCAAGUGAUAUCACAAUAGAAGUAAAUGGUGUAGCUUUUGCUCUACACAAGUUUCCUCUUGUUUCUCGAAGUGGGAGAAUUCAGAAACUAGUUGCAGAGCAUAGGGAUUCCGAUAUGUUAAGAGUGGAGCUUGUUAACGUACCUGGAGGUGCCGAGUCGUUCGAGUUGGCUGCAAAGUUCUGUUAUGGCAUUAACUUUGAGAUUACAUCUUUCAAUGUGGCUCAGCUUUAUUGCGUUUCCGAUUACCUCGAGAUGACUGAGGAGUUUUCGAAGGAUAAUCUCGGGUCUCGUACUGAAGAGUAUCUCGAGAUUGUUGUUUGCAAGAACUUGGAGAUGUGUGUUGAGGUUUUGCAGCAAUGUGAGAGUCUGCUUCCUCUUGCGGAUGAGUUGAAGAUCAUUAGCCGUUGCAUUGAUGCGAUUGCCUCGAAAGCUUGUGCGGAGCAGAUUGCAUCGAGCUUCUCACGAUUAGAGUAUAGCAGUUCGGGUAGGCUUCAUAUGAACAGGCAAACAAAAUGUGAGGGAGAUUGGUGGAUAGAAGAUCUUUCUGUUAUUCAGAUUGAUUUGUAUCAAAGACUCAUUACGGCCAUGAAAUGUCGCGGUGUCCGUCCUGAAAGUAUUGGUGCCUCCCUUGUGAAUUUCGCUCAGAAGGAGCUGACGAAGAAAUGCAGUUUGUGGAAUCCAUCGGGCCUUACGAAAGUUGAUUUGGGUUCAACCGAUCAUGAACAGCUUGUGGUCGAGGCAAUCAUUGGCCUUUUACCUGUUGAGAAACUUGCUGUGCCUAUCAGUUUCCUUUUCGGACUCCUCCGAAGUGCAGUGAUGCUUGAUUGCUCGAUUUCUUGUAGGCUUGAUCUAGAACGGAGGAUCGGAUCUAUGUUGGAUAUCGCAACUCUUGAUGAUAUCUUGAUCCCGUCUUUUCGACAUUCAGGAGAUGGGACCUUAUUUGAUGUCGAUACAGUUCAAAGGAUAUUAGUAAACUUUUCCCAGCAAGAUGACAGUGAAGGUGAUAUGGAUGAUGAAUCGGUUUUCGAAUCUGAUAGUCCUCGAUCACCAUCCCAAACUGCAUUGUUCAAAGUUGCAAUACUAGUUGAUAAUUACUUAGCCGAAAUUGCUCCUGAUGCAAAUCUCAAGCUUCCAAAGUUCUUGGGAAUCGCAGAGACUUUACCAGAACACGCUCGUACUAUCCACGACGGGCUAUAUCGAGCCAUUGAUAUUUAUCUAAAAGCUCAUCCGGGUUUACUAGAUGAAGACCGGAAGAGACUCUGCAAGCUGAUUGAUUUCCAAAAGCUCUCACAAGAAGCCGGUGCACAUGCCGCACAGAAUGAACGACUUCCGAUCCAAUCGAUAGUCCAAGUUCUUUAUUUCGAGCAAUUAAGGCUAAGAAAUGCUUUGUGCUGCUCUUAUCCUGACGAUGAUCACAAGCCGGCAGUGCAUCACCAGUCCUGGCGGAUCAGCAGCGGUGCACUCAGUGCAGCAAUGUCCCCAAGAGACAACUAUGCAUCUCUGAGGCGAGAAAACCGGGAGUUAAAACUUGAGCUUACUCGAAUGCGGAUGAGAUUAAAUGAUCUAGAGAAAGAACAUGUUUGCAUGAAGAGGGAUAUGGUGAAGUCUCGGUCUCGUAGAUUCAUGAGGUCUUUCUCAAAGAAAAUCGGUAAACUAAGCUUGUUUGGACGUAGUUCUUCGAGAGGAUCAAGUUCCCCUUCAAGGCAAUCAUAUAGAACUGAUUCUAAGGUGAUUGAGAGAACAUGUGCAAGCACUGAUUAGAUGCUUAAAAUGUGUUU